AAAAUCGCCGCUUUUUCACAUCUCAGUUCAAGAAGGCGGCAAAAAAAUAAAAAUAAAAAAAUAAAAAAUACCUUUCCUCUAUUCUCUUCAAAUCCCUUCCAUGGCGGCUCUCUCCUCGCUUCCUCUAUUCUCUCUCCAGUUUGUAGCGGUUCGUGGAAAUUGAGGUUUCUCCCUCGUAAUGGAGGAUUCCGGGCAGCUUAAGCGGGCGGUGAUAGACACCACGGCGGGGGCAAUCGCCGGAGGAAUAUCGCGGACUGUCACUUCUCCUCUUGACGUUAUUAAGAUCAGAUUCCAGGUUCAACUGGAGCCCACAACCUCAUGGGCUUUGAUUCGCAGAAAUUUGUCGGGACCUUCAAAAUAUACGGGAAUGGUUCAAGCAACGAAGGACAUUUUCAGAGAUGAAGGAUUACCGGGUUUUUGGCGUGGCAAUGUUCCAGCUUUGCUUAUGGUUAUGCCGUAUACUGCCAUACAAUUUACCGUGUUACACAAAUUGAAAACUUUUGCGGCUGGUUCUUCUAAGUCAGAGGAUCACAUUAAUUUGAGUCCAUACCUUUCUUAUAUCAGUGGAGCAUUAGCAGGGUGUGCUGCUACUGUUGGAUCGUAUCCAUUUGAUCUUCUGCGAACUAUAUUAGCUUCUCAGGGAGAACCUAAGGUUUAUCCCACUAUGAGCUCUGCAUUUCUUGAUAUAAUUAGAACACGUGGUGCCCGAGGGUUAUAUGCUGGAUUGUCACCAACGUUGGUUGAGAUUGUUCCUUAUGCGGGUUUACAAUUUGGCACGUAUGAUACAUUUAAGCGCUGGACAUUGGCUUGGAACCGAAGCCAAUUAUCAAAGACAAACUCAAUCAACGGAGAUGAUGGCGUUUCAAGCUUUCAGCUUUUUCUUUGUGGAUUAGCAGCUGGGACGUGUGCCAAACUUGUCUGUCAUCCACUUGAUGUUGUCAAGAAAAGAUUCCAGAUCGAGGGAUUACAAAGGCACCCACGGUAUGGGGCUCGAGUGGAACACCGUGCUUACAGAAAUAUGUUUGAUGCCUUGCGAAGAAUUACGCAGUCGGAGGGUUUGGCUGGUCUCUACAAGGGGAUAGUCCCCUCAACUGUCAAAGCCGCACCGGCUGGUGCUGUAACUUUUGUGGCUUAUGAAUACAUAUCGGAUUGGUUAGAGUCCAUUUGGACGUGAAUUAACUUCAUUUUUUUUCCUCUAUCAAUUUUUCACUGUCCGAUUCUUUUGUCCUGAGACCUUAUAAAGCUGUCUAAUAGGAAGGGAAAACCGUAUUUUUUUUGGAAACUAGAGGCCCCAAUAUAUAUAGUGAUACG